GGAUUGUGUUGUGUGUUUCUUUCGUUUUCAUUUCCCGGAAGGGUCGAAUGUGAAAAAAGUGGAGUUUUAUUUCUUCGAAAGUUACAUCCUGUUCUUUCUUUCUUUAAUAUGGAGUUCGUGGAGAUCUGACAUGCAGUGUGUUCCAUUUUUCGGACGAGUUACAUCAGUGCUUAUUAAGGAUUAGUGUAAUUGUUUACAGUCGAACAGAUAAAGGACAUUUCCAUGGAGAACUUUCCCCCGUCACCUUUGGUCAAGCUAGAAAACAGAGCAAACACUCCUCCAUCCAUAAUGCCCGGAAGGCAAGUCAGCAUUCCUCUCAGUGUGCAUCACUCCCCCCCUAAACAGCUUCCCUUGCACAGCCCUCCCAUGCAGGAAGACCUUUGGCAUCUACCUGGACGUCUGCGAAUAAACCCAUCUCUGUGGGACAAGGAGGACGUUGGCCACUGGCUCCAUUGGGCUCAGAGGGAGUACUCACUGCGGAGGCCUGAGAAGGGACGCUUUGAGAUGAACGGUCGUGCCCUCUGCCUGCUCACCAAGGAGGACUUCAGACGCCGCUGCCCCAGCUCAGGUGAUGUUUUGUACGAGAUUCUACAGUAUGUAAAACAGCAAAGGAGGAGUGUUGUCAGUGACCCCCAAAAUUCAUCUCCUUCCCCAUCAACUGGACGCAACCAGAGCCCAGUCAGCUGCCAGAUACCCUCGCAGAUUGUCCAAGAGCCCCGGCCUCCCACAGUCAGCCAAGUUUUCCUCUCUUUCGCCACUGCAGUUUCGGCAGCUGCUGCACCAACUGUGAUCCGCCAGCCUGAGCACAUGUCGCCUCUUAGAGAUCGACCCUUGAUCGUUUACACACACCCUGCUCCACUCACAUCUACCAAUGGAUCAGCAGCUGUCUCUGCAUUGCCCCCCAACCAAGUUCAGAGUCCUGUCCAAUUAGAGACUGCCAAGGAGCCGCUCAACCUGUCCAGUCGGGAGAAGCAAAGGAGCUCAGCGCACCCCGCCAAUGGCCGCAUCCCAGAGUGCAGACUGCUGUGGGACUAUGUGUAUAAGCUGCUGUGUGAUGACCGAUAUCAAGAAUACAUCCGAUGGGAAGACCACGACAGCCUUGUGUUUAGGGUGGUUGAUCCCAAUGGACUGGCUCGUCUCUGGGGAAACCACAAGAACCGAGACAAUAUGACCUAUGAGAAAAUGUCCAGGGCUUUGCGGCACUACUACAAGCUCAACAUCAUCAAAAAGGAGCGGGGGCAAAAACUUCUCUUCAGGUUUCUGAAACUCCCACAUGACACAAAGAAACUACAUGUUGACCCAGUUGAGUCCCCUGAACACACUUCACCUCAGGAGACAGCAGACAGCAGUCCUACGCAAGAGUUCAGUGAGGACCAUUUUGAGGUUUCACCUGAUCGUGCUUCUCCGCAGCAUCCUCCAUAGAAAAUGAACCAUGGAUUAAAUGUCCUAAAUACAAUACAAAAACACAGUGAUUACAUAAUGCAAUGGUCACUUGUGUUCCGAAAACAACCUUUGCAUCUACAAGUUUAACUAAAUGGACUGUUAGGUGUAUUUAUAGAGGAAUUUUUAAACUAUGAUAUUGCUUUCUAUUUUUCUGUGAAUCAAUGUACAUAACUGUGAUCAAUACGAACACUAAUUGAAAGAGACAAGGAAAACUGUGAAAUAAAUCACUUCAAUAUUCGAACGGACAAAUAUUCAUCAGCUGAGAUUUUUUAGGUUUGCUCAACACAGUCUAAAAAAUAAAGAUGAACUUAUUUUAAAAUAUAAUAUAAGUCUUGCAAUAAGUGAUGGAAAUUACUGUCGUAUCCAGUUUGUUUCAGACUGUUAUUAAACAGGUUUAAACAGGGUGGAGUUUUUUCGUGCUGCAGGUAAAUUGCCAGUUAAUACAGUACAGUAGUUCAUUGUACAAUUAGUUUUGUUAUUCAACUUAAAGACAGUGCAUUUGUGAAGUUUAAAAUUGUGUUGAGCCUAUUGGUUCGUAAUUGUAAAUGUUUUCCUGAUUGAAUAAAUAUUCUGUUAAGCAUU